UUUCCUCCUCUCAGCACCUGAGAAUCCUCCGCUUCUUCUUCCUUCAUUCGUUGGUUACGGUCGUCGUUCCUCUACCUCCCCACCCACACUCCGACUUGAGAGAAAGAAAGAAAGAAGAGACAUGGCAGGACACAAAGUUGCGCAUGCUACAUUGAAGGGUCCUAGUGUUGUCAAGGAGUUAAUUAUCGGUAUGGCACUCGGUUUAGCUGCUGGUGGUCUCUGGAAGAUGCACCAUUGGAACGAACAGAGGAAAACCAGAGCUUUCUAUGACUUGCUUGAGAGAGGUGAGAUCAGUGUCAUUGCUGCCCAAGAGUAGUAAUAAUACAGCCGCGCUCCUUAACUGGUUCCUGAAUAUUUUGAUUUCUGUUUUUUGGAUUAUUUUUGUUUGGAUUUCUUAAGAAAUAAAUCUGAGAAAAAUAUUUGUCAGUUAUAUAAACAAAUUCAAAUUUGCUGUUGAUUCAGACGUAAUCUCUUCUCUUGUUUUGUUUUGCUGUUUGAGAUUAUUACAAAAGGUGCAUAAUAUUGUUGAAACUUAUUUGAUGGAA